CUUCAACAUCUUCAUGCCAUCGCCAAUUCACGCCAGAUCCAUCGACAUUCCAUUAAAGGAAGCUCGUCGUCUGCCUACCUCACUCUUCGUCAGCUCCACAUGAGCAUGCCCUCGGCAUUGCCUCGACCUCCACAAGAGCAUGCCUUCAGCAUUGCCUCGACCUCCAAAUGGCCUCGACCUCCAAAUGGCCUCGACCUCCAAAGGCCUUGACUUCAAAUGACCAGCUCUUUUCCCGAUACAAUCGGAGAUAUCGUGCUCUGCAUCGACACAAGCUCGAUCGUCUAUCCACCUCAUAUUCCCUCCGCUCCCUACAAUACGCUUUCAGCACCACAACAACAUGGAAGAUCUGUACUCACCUCCGAAGAAUCUCAGGCAGCCACACUCCGGAUGUGUCUUCCGCCGGCAUGGCACACGAUUUCAACGCCGCCAAGGCAGUUGCCUCCGCCCACUAUCAUUCUCCGCCUUUCCCACCUGCAGCACAACAUCGUCGGCCAAUCGGUCGGCAGCAAUUCAUCGUCUGCUUCCAGGCAUGGACUCGCCGCAUCGGGUGUCUGUCCGUAGGACACUUUCAGCAAUGCAACAGACCGCCAUCAUCUUGCAUCACCAUCCGAUUUCGAGAGAUCCUGCUCCCGUCAGCAAGCCGCCCGUCUCUCGCAUCACCAUCCAGUUUGGAGAGAGCAUCAACUCUUCCUGGCAGGGGGUACCUCUCGCUCACCCACCUCACAUUUGAGGACUUUCGAUUGGUUACCUAGGCCUGCGCCAAUCAGUAAACGUCGCAUCACUCGGGGUUCAAGACGAAUCAGUGCAUGCUCCACCGACAAGCCAGCAUCAUCAGCCAGCAUCAAGCCAGCAUCAUCAAGCCAGCAUCAUCAAGCCAGCAUCAAGCCCGCAUCAAGCCAGCAUCAAGCCCGCAUCAAGCCAGCAUCAAGCCAGCAUCAAGCCAGCAUCAAGCCCGCAUCAAGCCAGCAUCAAGCCAGCAUCAAGCCAGCAUCAAGCCAGCAUCAAGCCAGCAUUAAGCCCGCAUCAAGCCAGCAUCAAGCCAGCAUCAAGCCAGCAUCAAGCCAGCAUCAAGCCAGCAUCGAGCCAGCA